ACAGGCGUGACAAAGAAGGGGGCUGGAGAGAAAGAAUGCGGCCUGAAAACAAAGACAAGGAGAUGGGGGCUCUGGAAAGCGAGUCCAGUGAGGAAGAGAGUGGGGCUGGAGAGGAAGAGGAGGCGAGGCGCCAGGGCUUUGGGGUGUGAAUGAGGCAAGAUGAACUGGACGGGUCUGUAUACGUUGCUCAGUGGCGUGAACCGGCACUCUACUGCCAUCGGGCGAGUGUGGCUCUCGGUCAUCUUCAUCUUCAGGAUCAUGGUGCUGGUGGUGGCCGCAGAGAGCGUGUGGGGGGACGAGAAGUCCUCGUUCAUCUGCAACACGCUGCAGCCCGGCUGCAACAGCGUGUGCUAUGACCACUUCUUCCCCAUCUCCCACGUGCGCCUGUGGUCCCUGCAGCUCAUCCUGGUGUCCACGCCGGCGCUCCUCGUGGCCAUGCAUGUGGCCCACCAGCAGCACAUCGAGAAGAAAAUGCUCCGACUCGAAGGCCACGCAGACCCCCUGCACCUGGAGGAAGUGAAGAGGCACAAGGUCCACAUCUCAGGGACACUGUGGUGGACUUACGUCAUCAGUGUGGUCUUCCGGCUACUGUUCGAGGCCAUCUUCAUGUACGUCUUUUAUCUGCUCUACCCAGGCUACGCCAUGGUGCGGCUCGUCAAGUGCGAGGCCUACCCCUGCCCCAACACAGUGGACUGUUUUGUCUCCCGGCCCACCGAGAAAACUGUCUUCACGGUCUUCAUGCUCGCCGCCUCCGGCAUCUGCAUCAUCCUCAACGUGGCCGAGGUGGUGUACCUCAUCAUCCGCGCCUGUGCCCGCAGGGCGCAGCGCCGCUCCAAUCCGCCCUCCCGCAAGGGCUCUGGCUUCGGCCACCGCCUCUCACCUGAAUACAAGCAGAAUGAGAUCAACAAGCUGCUGAGCGAGCAGGACGGCUCCCUGAAAGACAUCCUUCGCCGCAGCCCCGUCUCCGGGGCGGGCCUGGCUGAGAAGAGCGACCGCUGCUCAGCCUGCUGAUGCCAUCAACCAGGCAACGUCCCCUCCGGGCCCCUACCCUGCCCCACACCUGCCCCCCUGCCCCAUCUCCUGCAGGCCCCGGCCUGCCAGGAUUUGCUCCAUCGGAACCUUCCUCCCCCUCCCCCUCCUCCCGGGGCCAUCUGUGCAGGGGAUGGGGUGAAGGCCACCAGCGCAAGUGCUCAAGGUUAUUGGGAUGCCGGCCGCUCGGCUGGUCUCCCUCUUCCCGGCUCCUCCUCCAGGGCACGAGAUGAGAGCCGGCCUGGUUCUAAAACUAAUCUUAACCCUGUGCUGUCAGAGCCGACACCCUCUUUCUGGAGCCAGAGAGUGGAGAGGGAGGCGGGCGAGUGGAGGGGAGGAGGGUCUGUAGACACCGGGGUGGAGAAGGGCGGGGAGCAGCUGGCCCUGAGGAGGAAUGGUGCUCACAGCCCUGGCAGA